AUGACUUCGAGAGAUUUACAUCAAGCAAUCAUCGACGGAAAUUUCACCACUGGCAGACGAUACAUUGGGCGAUGUUCAAUGGUUUUCCGAGGCAAGAAAGCCUGUCACGUGGCCUGUGGAGAUACUUAUACAAAGCGCGGUACGACAACAGUCCAGUUUCUCGAGUCGCUGGAAUCGAACGGAGCCGACCUCGAAGACCCAGACGAAGAUGGAUUCACAACGCUUUUACUCGCCGCGCUCUUUCACUGCGACCCUGGCCCUGUCGUCGCCUUCCUCAAUUCAAAGGUGCCAGCCGUCGUCGACAAAACUGAUAAAACUGGACGCAACGCUCUUCAUCUAUUAGCGCUGAAUGAAAAGCUAAAAGCCACGGUUCAUAAGUUCAAAUUGUUCAGUAGUCGCUCUCGAAGGAAUGAGUGA